AUGGUCGCAACUCCAGUCGCAGCCACAAAGGGUACCUCUCACCAGACGGGAGUCGAAGGGCUUCAUCGCGGUACCCAAGUCCUCGUUGUGAAUGUGCAGACUGCGCGAACGACGCCGCGCACUCAGCAAGAGCAAUGGCUCAUCAAUGCGCAUCCAGACCUUCAAGGAAAGACCGUCACGACCGUACCAGCUAUUCUCGCCAAGCAAGGCACUCUGGGGGCUAUUCCCCAUACUCGACAUGAAUUGCUGGUGCCGCGCGACGUGUGGCGCCUGCGAGCUCUGCCACCACUCCAACGUUAUAUCGCCUACCACCACAUGGUAGAGCUAGGAUGUCGGAUGAGCCAGUGUGACCAAGCUAGCGAAAAACACCUCAAGCUUUGGAAUCGAAUCGUGAACGUCCAAACGAGCUUGAUGGAGGGAGAGGUGGAGUUGGCGAACAAAUUCAAGGAGAACACGGCCGAGACCAGGGCAAGUUGGAGCCAACUCGUGGCAAUUCAGACUGUCGAGACACCAGUCAAUUGGAAAAUGCGGGUGGCCUACAGGAACUAUCGCGAUCGCGCCAUUGCAUGUGGGACGCCUGCUGAGGAUCUGGCGGUCAAGUCUCAGCCAUCCACAUCUGGCCAAGUGCUGGAACAGCAGAAGCCAGAUACGUGGCAAAAGCCGGUACCGAAGCCUCAGACUUCUAUAUCUUCUGCGCCUACCGUUACUUCGUCAGUACCGGUAGAGCCCAUCAGACCAGACCAGAUAACACAUCCCCUGGACAAGGUCUCAGUUCCUCCAUACCCUGGCGAGCUCGAGGACUUUACGCCGCACGAAGUCACCGGAAUGUACAAAUGCAACCACCAAUGGUUAACCGGGGCCUGCUGCACAGAAGGAGUCACAAAGGAUAGGAAGAUGGCUUCAAUCUCGAGGAAUAAAUCGACGUGGAAACGACAGGUGGAAGCCUUGGUCAAGAAGGGCGACUUGCAUGAGAGCCAUAUAACAUGGAAGAAGGAACAGUCACCCAAUAAGAAGGAAGACCAGAAGACGAAGCAUGCGGAGAAAGAGCGGCUUCGAGAUGAAAAGAACGCGGAUGCCAGCGCGGAAAAAGAAGCGAGAAAGGAACAGAGAAAGAAAUGGGGAGAAGAGCCACACGAUGCGAUCGAUGCGCAAGAGGCGCCCAUAGCUAUUGUCGCACCAAACCCGCUCGAGGAGUACCUCUCAACAGCCUCUGAAGAAGUGGCCUAA